GUUACUAGGGAGCCGGUGACGUAGUUCCUCCUCCGCUCCGUUCCAAGAUGUGGGUCGGACGCUGUCGUGACUCAAGACCCCAUUAGGAACUUCCUCACCAAACCCAAGGACGAUUUUAGGCAGGAUAUAUUGCUGGGCAGAACUUUUGGACUAAGGCUGUCUGUGCUGGGCAGGUUUUGCCUUUUGCUCCUCACUCCAUUGCAGCUAAUCAAGAACCAAGGACCAUGUGAUCACUGCUCAGAGGAACCUGAACAGGCAGGUGAUGCUGGCGAAUUAAAGGAAUACUUCCUCCUUAGAUGGUGAACCUAUGACUGAGGAGGUGUUGAUUUUGAAGUAUCAUUCUUGAAAAAAAUCAGAACCUCACAUUAAGAGAACUCCACAAAGGUGUUGUCAAGGAAGUAAAAACUUAGAAAGCUGCCCUAAAGGGAAAGAGAAGACUCAGGAGGUCACUGGAAUGCUCCAAGCAAGAGAAAAUGAGGAGAAAGACAAGCAACUUCAAACAGAAGACAGUAAAAGACAAUAAAACACUCACCGAAGUGAGUGACCAAGAAUCUGAAAAGGGUGAUACUCAGUGCUCCUACUCUGCAGCAAAUGAGACAAUUCAGGCUGAAAAGAGACAGUAUGUGUGUACAGAGUGUGGGAAAGCCUUUAGUCAGAGUGCAAACCUUACAGUACAUGAGCGAAUCCAUACAGGAGAGAAACCCUAUAAGUGUAAGGAGUGUGGAAAAGCCUUCAGUCAUAGCUCCAACCUUGUUGUUCAUCAGAGAAUCCACACUGGACUGAAGCCCUACAUGUGCAGUGAAUGUGGGAAAUCUUUCAGUGGUAAGUCACACCUCAUUCGCCACCAGGGUAUCCACAGUGGGGAGAAAACCUAUAAAUGUAAGGAAUGUGGGAAAGCCUUUAGUCGGAGUUCAGGUCUUAUUUCACACCACAGAGUUCACACUGGGGAGAAGCCCUAUACUUGUAUUGAAUGUGGGAAAGCCUUUAGCCGUAGUUCAAACCUUACACAACAUCAGAAAAUGCACAAAGGAAAAAAAGUUUUCAAAUGUAAGGAAUGUGGGAAAACAUGUGUUUCUAAUACAAAGAUUAUGGAUCAUCAGAGAAUUCAUACAGGGGAGAAGCCUUAUGAAUGUAGUGAGUGUGGAAAAGCUUUCAUCUUAAGGAAGACCCUUAAUGAACAUCAGAGACUUCAUCGUAGAGAGAAACCUUACAAAUGUAAUCAGUGUGGAAAAGCUUUUACUUCUAACCGAAACCUUAUUGAUCAUCAGAGAGUUCACACUGGAGAGAAACCUUAUAAGUGUAAUGAAUGUGGAAAAACCUUCAGGCAAACUUCUCAAGUUAUUCUACAUUUAAGAACCCACACGAAGGAGAAACCCUAUAAGUGUAGUGAGUGUGGAAAAGGCUAUCGUUAUAGCUCACAGCUUAUUCAACACCAGAGAAAACAUAAUGAGAAAGAAAUCCCAUAAAUAACAUACACUGUUGGUAGUAGGACUAAUUGCUACUUUUUGGAAAAGCUGUUUAUUUUUAGUAGCAGCAACUUAUUCUAUUUCUAAGAAUCUGUACAGGGAAGUAAUCAGAAGUAGUCAAAGAUUAACAAAAGAGAUACUAAUGCCAGUAUCAUAUAUAACUGAAGGAAGAAAGCUAGAUUUUCAACAGUACAAGGUUUAAAUGAAUGGUGAUCUAUCCAUCUGAUGGUUUUGCAGCCAUUUUUAACAUUUUUAAAGACUAUAUGCCAUGGAGGAAAUGAUGUGGAUACAAUGGAAGAUAAAUGAAAGAAAAAACAAUGAUGUAUGACCCAAACCUUUUAAGAAACAUUUACGCACAGGAGAAAAAUGGGAAUGAAAUAAUACCAAACCAAAACGUUCACAGUAUCUCUGGGUGAUAGUAUGAUAGGUUAUUUCUAUUUUCUUCUUUAUACUUUUCUAUGCCUUUUAGAUUUUCUACAGUGAGAAUGUACUACUUUCAUAAUCAGGGGAAAAUAAUGGUAUUUUUAAAGGCAAUGAACACAUGUUCAUUUUCAGUAUUAUGAAUGGUGCAUAGAACAUAGACUCUGAAGUCCUAGGAUUGCACCCGAAUAUUGGUACUUAGUGGCAGUGGAACCAUGAGCAAGUCAGUUCCUUUUAGACCCUGUUUCUUGUUUAUUAAAUUAUAAACACCAGUCAUUGGUCUUUUGCAGCUUUAAGGUACUGGUUUUACAGUUGUCAACAUAAUGUAUAAUUUACUUGUUUAAUCACUUUCAGGGUAAAAGAACACAGCAAAAAUUUACUACAUCCUCACCUCCCACAGAUUAGAAGGAUCUUUGGGUGCUAAGAACUACCUAGGCUCCAUCUUUUCCAUAUAUGUCUACAAAACAAGAAAAAAAUGUCCCCAUAUGAAAUUGAAACAAUUGCAGAGUCAUGAUCUUUAAAGAGAGACAGUCAGAAUAAUCUAAAACUAGGAGAAAACCCUCCUUCAUAUGUUAUGUAGAGUUGAGUAGCCAGAGGUGCGGACUUUGGAGUCAGAUACAUGUGUUCCAAUCCCAGAUCUGCCAUGCAUUAGCUUGUCAAUUUUGAACAUCAGUUAAGUGCUCUGAGCCUCAGAUUUAACUGUAAAAAGGGAAUAACUACCUACCUCACAGGGUUGUUGUGAGAACUGAGAUAAUGGAUGUAAUGUGUGACAAGUCUGGCACAUGGUAUCAUAAUAGGUUAAAUUUAGGCCAUUGGAGCAGUCCUUCUAAAUGAUUCAUGAGAAUGAUUCAAGAGAAUUUUUAUCUGAGGUAGCAUAUAGAAUAUUUUCAGGUGUAAUGCACACAAUACCAAGAACCAAAUAGCUUAAACUUUAAAACAUUGAUUAUUUACUUAAAGGGAAGUCUAGAAGUAAGCAGUCCCAAAUUUGAUUUGGCAACUCAGCAAUUCACAUUUCUUUCUUAGCUCCACAAUUUUCAGCAUAUUAGUUUUCCUUUUUUUUUUUUUUUUUACAAUCUCAUGGUUGCAAGAUAGUGGCUAAAGCAGCAAACUCUUUUCUUUAAAUAACUCCUUCCAAGUCAGGAAGUGACAAAGGGAGCUGAGGCUUUCUCAUCUUUCUCCUUUUUUCUUUUAUCAUUGAGAAAAACUUCCCAAAAGAAGGAAGGAGGCUGAGCAGUCAGUGCUUCAGGGACUUUCUAGCUUCUUCUGCCUUUCUUUAUAUCCAGCCUCUCUGAAGGCCUUAACCCACUUUCAACCAAUAUUUUAAACUUUGAAGUCAGCUCAAAAUCCAUCUGAGAACACCUCGAAUCUCCUCGUUCUUAACAUGACCAUUCCUCUUUCUUUGUAUACAGCAAAUUCCUUAGCCUAUGACAUUUGUCAAUGUACAUAGUGACUUAUUGUUUCAGGAAUUAAUUGAGGAUGUGUUGUCCCAUGCAGACCUCUUAACAUUUGUCCAGGAAAAUUGAGUUUCAGUGAGGUUAGAUGACUGGCUAAUAAGUACGUGGAGCUAGGAUUUGAACUCAAAUCUGACUUUCAAGUCAGUACUUUGUUCAUUAUAACAAAGUACCUCUGCCCAUCAUGGUGGUUUUGUAUGUGAGUAGGAGACCAGUUGGAUUCUUCUGGGUAGCUACUUCUAGGAGGGUGAUUGAAUCUAAAAUUAUUUCAUCAUGUCUUCGGAAGGAAGAUGCUUAUCAGCCUAUCUCUGCAUCUUGUAAUCCAGGGUUUUUAAAAAACUUUUUAAAUAAAGGUAUCAUUGAUAUACACUCUUAUGAAGGUUUCACAUGAAAAAUAUUGUGGUUACUACAUUCACCCAUAUUAUCAAGACCCCCCCAUACCCUGUUGAAGUCACUGUCCAUCAGUGUAGUAAGAUGCCACAGAGUCACUGCUUGUCUUCUCUGUGCUAUACACUUCUUCCCCAUGACUGCAUACACACCAUGUGCACCAAUCAUAAUACCCCUCAGUCCCCUUCUCUGUCAACCCGUUUACCUGUCUGUACUCUCCACCUGCCCUUGCCCACCCCUCCCCUUUGGUAACCACUAGUCCCUUCUUGGAGUCUGUGAGUCGGCUGCUGUUUUGUACCUUCAGUUUUGCUUUGUUGUUAUACUCCACACAUGAGGGAAAUGAUUUGAUAUUUAUCUUUCUCUGCCUGACUUAUUUCACUGAGCAUAGAACCCUCCAUCCAUGUUGU